CGUUGGUGACUUUGAGAUUAGAUAAAAGUUGUGUACAGAUAGAGAGAUUGUAUAACUCGAGCUCUGAAACAAGCAAGUUUUUUUUUUUUUUGGAACAUUUUUGUGUUCCUUGUUUACAAAAAGGGGGGGGGGGUUUAAUUUCCUGGGCUGGGUUAAAAAAAGUGGCGAAGAUGAAUCUAAGUACGGCCGAUGAAGAAUCGGCACAGGAGAUUCACAUCCCAGCUGAUAUCAAUUGGGAGAUGCUUGACAAAUCCAAGUUUUUCGUUUUAGGCGCUGCUUUGUUUUCAGGUGUCUCUGGAGCUCUUUAUCCUGCUGUUUUGAUGAAAACACGGCAGCAAGUUUGUCAUUCGCAAGGCUCUUGUAUCAGAACUGCGUUUACCCUUGUGAGACAUGAAGGUUUAAGGGGAUUGUACAGAGGAUUUGGAACCUCCUUGAUGGGAACAAUCCCUGCUCGUGCCUUGUACAUGACUGCGUUGGAGGUUACCAAGAGUAACGUUGGCUCUGCUGCUGUUAGUUUAGGUUUCACUGAGGCUAAAGCUUCUGCAGUUGCUAAUGCUGUUGGAGGUUUGAGUGCUGCGAUGGCUGCGCAGCUUGUUUGGACUCCUGUUGAUGUGGUUAGCCAAAGGCUUAUGGUUCAAGGAAGUGCUGGUCUUGUCAAUGCAUCGAGGUGUAAUUAUGUUAACGGGUUUGAUGCAUUUCAGAAGAUUGUUCGUGCUGAUGGACCAAAGGGAUUAUACAGAGGGUUUGGGAUAUCUAUUCUGACUUAUGCUCCGUCUAAUGCGGUUUGGUGGGCUUCUUACUCUGUUGCACAGCGGAUGGUUUGGGGUGGGAUUGGGUGUUAUGUCUGCAAGAAAGACGAAGAGAGUGGGAACAACAACAGUACCGCGAUUAAACCAGACUCCAAAACGAUAAUGGCUGUUCAAGGAGUUAGUGCUGCGAUUGCUGGAAGUGUUUCUGCUUUGAUUACAAUGCCACUCGACACAAUCAAGACGAGAUUGCAGGUUCUUGAUGGGGAAGAUAGUAGUAAUAGUAGUAACAACGGGAAGCGUGGACCGAGUAUCGGACAGACUGUAAGAAACUUGGUUAGGGAAGGUGGAUGGACGGCUUGUUAUAGAGGAUUGGGACCAAGAUGUGCUUCAAUGUCAAUGUCUGCAACAACUAUGAUCACUACCUACGAGUUCUUGAAACGGCUUUCAGCUAAGAACCAUGACGGGUUUUGCUCUAAAUCAUAGUGAUAACAACUGAAAAAAAAACCACCACAUAGAAGAAUCUUUUUAUGGGAAAUGUCUUUAAUUUUGCUUACUUAUCUUGUUCUUCUUGUCUAGCUGUUCUGCUGCUAUUUCAUUUGUUUUCCAAGUCAUAUGUAAGGAAUGUGUUAAAAUUCAGUUGUUUUUAAAUAAAUAAAAAUGUGAUUUUCCUCA